CCCUUUCUUUUAUCCAAUUCUCCUCCCUUCGCUUCACUACUUUUCACGCAAAACGCACGUUUCUCGCUCCUCUCUCUCUCUCUCUCAGACGCACACCACAGUCACACACACACACACACUGUCUCUCUCUCUCUCUCUGCUCCUCUUUGUUUUGUUCUUUAGCCUUGGCCUUGAAAGCAGCCCAUGCCUUGGUCUUUUUGUUUGAAAACACUUAUCUUUUCAAGCUGAUAUACAUAUAUUUUGGGUUUGAUUAACGGAGGAAGAGAGAUAUACAGUAUAUUAGCAUAGUAGCAGUAGUAUUAGAUUAUUAGGUUCACACUUCACGACAUACAUUUGUUUUGCUUUGCGCGCAUCUUCAAUGAGAGAUUGUACGACAGUACACUGAGCAAGAAUUAAGUCUGCAUAUUUUGAUCCUCAAACAUUGGGCUUUUCUGCAUUCCCCUGGAGAAUGUGGAGUCUGGAAAUGGCCUUAGAUUCUUUUUUGGGUUUAUGGGAUCAUUAUCUUUGCAUGUGGGUUUUCAUUUAGAAAUUCAUUCUCUUCUUGCUUUUCUUUGUAUUCCUUUUAUGGUACCAGUACUUUCCCGUAAUGAGAGCGAACUUUUCUCUCCGGGUACAAUCUAAUUUUUGAAAGUUUUGUUUUUUUAUUGAUGGGCCUUGUUCAAAAUUUGCUAACUUCCGACUCUUGAAAUCCUAUAAAGUAAGUGGCUUUAGUUUUGCUAAUUUUUGAAAGUUUUUUUUUUAAUUGAUGGGAUUUGUUCAAAAUUUGCUAACUUCGGACUCUUGAAAUCCUAUAAGGUAAGUGGCCUUAGUGCUGGUGCUUGACAUUUUCACUUCCUUUUGGUGGUUCUUGAUAUUUAUUGUAUCCAGUGGGUUUGGUUGAAUUUUGUCUUUUUCUAUAAUUAAUGAGUUUGGAAUCCUUCAUUCACAAAUCCUAUAAAACAACACGAACUAGUUGGAAAGGAAAGCAUCUUGACAUUAAGAGGGGAGGAAAGAGGGGAGAUUUGUCCUCGUACUCUACUGAAGGUUUAGUUUUACGAUUAUCAGUCAGGAAUUCACACCGUGGAUUCAUUGGAACAAUGGGGUUGGCUCCUGAAAGUAUCAAUGCUGGCUCUCGGGGAUUGAGGAAAUCAAUCGGCAAGACGAGGAAAGAUUAUUGUGAUGAUGAUGAUGAUGAUGAUGCCAUGGAGACAAGAGGGUGUUGGAUGAAGUUGAGGUUUUUGGGGAGCUGCAUGUCCCCAAGCUCCAAGGUUGAUAGCUCUGUCAGUGGUUCCAGCACUCAAUUAGCAGAAGAAAGUAAAUCAUCUAAUGACACUAGCAGAGACCAACCAGUUGCUCCCAUUAUAUCAUCUUCGAGCUCUACCAUUGCAGAAAGUACUCCAUCCACUCCUAACAUACUUGAGGAACUGAAAAUUGCUUCUCAGCUUCGGAAGUUUGCCUUUAAUGAGCUGAAGUCUGCAACAAGAAGUUUUAGACCAGAUAAUCUCCUUGGUGAGGGUGGCUUUGGUUGUGUUUAUAAAGGUUGGAUCAAUGAAAAUGGUCCAACUCCUGUGAAACCUGGUUCAGGGCUCACUGUUGCAGUAAAAACCCUGAAUCAUGAUGGACUCCAGGGUCACAAGGAGUGGUUGGCUGAAGUAAAUUAUCUAGGUGACCUCCUCCAUCCUAAUUUGGUUAAAUUGAUAGGAUAUUGCAUAGAAGGUGAUCAAAGGUUGCUUGUCUAUGAGUUUAUGCCUCGGGGAAGUUUGGAGAAUCACUUGUUUAGAAGGUCUCUUCCUCUUCCUUGGUCUACCAGAAUCAAAAUUGCUCUAGAUGCAGCGAAAGGACUUGCCUUUCUUCAUGAAGAAGCUGAAAGGCCAGUUAUAUAUCGAGAUUUUAAAACAUCUAAUAUUUUAUUGGAUGCGGACUACAAUGCUAAGCUUUCCGAUUUUGGACUGGCCAAAGAUGGCCCAGAGGGGGAUAAGACUCAUGUAUCCACACGGGUCAUGGGAACUUAUGGUUAUGCUGCACCUGAAUAUGUCAUGACAGGACAUCUCACAUCAAAAAGUGAUGUCUACAGCUUUGGAGUGGUUUUACUUGAAAUGCUUACUGGACGAAGAUCUAUGGAUAAAACCAGACCAAAUGGAGAACAUAAUUUGGUCGAAUGGGCGAGGCCUUAUCUGAGGGAAAGGCGUAGGUUCUAUAGGCUGAUAGAUCCCCGUCUUGAAGGGCAGUUCUCAAUCAGAGGUGCGCAGAAGGCAGUUCAGUUGGCUGCUCAUUGCCUCACCCGUGAUGCUAAAGCCCGACCUUUGAUGAGUGAAGUAGUUGAAGUCUUAAAGCCUCUGCCUGACCUGAAGGAUAUGGCCUGUUCCUCGUCCUACUUUCAGGCCCUUCAAGCUGAGCGAGCAAGUAUUACUCAAGCUAUUAAAAACGGUGGUAGAGUUCAGGCAGCAUUACCAGAAAAGAAUGGGCAACAAAACCCGACCCUCUCCACACCAAAUCGUCCACAGGCUUCUCCCUGUCACGAGAACAAUCUGCAUAGAUCGCCAAAACCAAAGGUUUAGAAUACUAGAACCUUGAGUUAAUGUUCGUGGCCCCCCUUCUCUGUUACUUUGAUACAUCUCUUGUCCGUUGAGGUGGAAUUUGUAAAGUUGAAAUUUUUGGUGAACCUGAAAGUUGCAAAUGAGUCUCUCUCUUUUGCCCUCAGCUGAAGGGGUUUCUAGAUUACUUUUCUUUUGUUGGAAUAUGAAAUCGGGGUCAGAUACUGAUGAGAGAAUCAAGAAUUGUGUAUGGUUCGAUCGAGCACAGCACAUGUUGAUGACUCUGAAGCAAUUUUGUAGUCACCUUCCCGUUCAAGACAAGAUUGUUAUUUGUUAAGUUCUGGUUUAAUAA